GACGCCAAAGCCAAUAUUGGUGAUGUAUUCCAAAAGGUUGACGUAAACGGUCCUACCGCCGCUCCACUUUAUCAAUAUUUGAAGCACAAGCAAUCGGGCACUUUGGGCAGUGCCAUCAAAUGGAAUUUUACCAAAUUUCUUGUGAACAAAGAAGGCAUACCUGUUGACCGUUAUGCUCCCACAACUGAUCCCAUGGACAUUGCGAAAGAUAUUGAAAAGUUGCUUUAAGCUAUUCACUAGCGUAUCGAAGUUACGAUAAUGAUUAAAAAUCAUAUAAAUUUAUAUGUCUAAUUACAUAUAUUUGAAUACAUCAUAAUAAUGAUACAUCUACAUACAUAUAUUCAUAUACUCCUAUAAUGCAUAUUUACUAUUGGCUACGGACUCUUUGGAUACAGUUUUUCAUAAUGACUAUGCGGAUGGAAAUGGUCUUAAUCAUGCACAGCGUCAUUUGAUAUUGAUUGUUAUUUCUAUUCUACGAUUAUUGUCUUUAUACAUAUUUAUGUAUGUAUGUACAUACAUAUGCAAUUCCAAAAAGUUUGUAAUUCACUUUUGUUUUCGUUAAGCUUUAAAUACAAA